AUGUCAGCUAAGGAUUACUACGGAAACCAACAACAACAAUACGGUCAACCUCAAUACGGAGGAGGAUACCCUCAACAAGGUGGAUACGGUGGACCCCAGGGAGGUUACGGUCAACAACAAGGUGGUUAUUACCCACCACCACCUCAGCAAUCAUACCAACAACCAGGUCUGUAUUCGAACAUUGAUUCAAACCCCAUCACACUCGUCUUAGCUACCCUCAACCUCAACCCCAACCGGUAUACGUUCAACAACAAAGACCUCAAAAAUCAGGUGGAGCAGGUACAGGAUGUUGUGCAUGUCUCGCUGGUGCUCUCUGCUGUUGCUGCGCCGAAGAAAUGUGUUGUGACAUGUUAUUCUAAUCUGCCCUCCCCCUUUUUGUUAUCUCAUAAUCAACCCAUCACCAAUAUAAUCGAAUUCCAUUUCAACAGUCACAUCAAUCUUUCUAUCUGUCGUCGAAUUUGA